AUGAUUUUCGCCGUGGAAGGGCCUUCCACAAUAAGAACUAGAUAGCUUGCACUUGCUUCCUAAUCGCAGCCCGACCGAGCCUCUAAGAACAGAAAUUUGCCUCCUCGGCCAGUCACAGACGCCCCAAAACCAUUCCGCACAACCCCCACUUGCCUAGUCAAUUAUUCUUCUAUCUGCUCUCCGCGCCCACCGCCGGCGCUCACUCUGACACUUGCACAUCCGCAAUCCUACUGUACACUCCCACAAGCCAGCACCAUGGCGUCCCAGCAGGUGCCCACCCAGGCCAACAUCCAGUCCACCCACCCAUUCACCUGCAACACAUGUCAGGUCGCAUUUCGCUCGGGCGAACUGCAGCGGGCGCACAUGCAAACUGACUGGCACCGCUACAACCUCAAGCGCAGAGUCGCGUCUCUGCCUCCACUCUCUUCUGAGAUCUUCACCGAGAAGGUUCUCGCGAACAAAGCGUCUGCCGCUGCGUCUGCCGCAAAGGCCUCAUUCGAGAAAUCCUGUGCCGCCUGCCAGAAGACCUACUUCAGCGAAAAUGCCUACGCAAACCACCUGAACAGCCAAAAGCACCGCACAAACCUUAUGAAGGCGUCGAGGAGCGGCCAGAACGACGACGCGGUGUCGGUCAACGGCUCGGUCAUGAGCUCUGCCUUCUCACUGGGCGAGUCGAUGGCCGAUUCUGAGGCUACUACCGUUGGCGACAAAGAGGUCGGAGAUGUUGCAGCUAGCCUGGAAACCGCCAAACUAGAGGACAGUGCCACCGGAGAGGCUUCUACUGAGGAGGUCUCUGCGGAAGACGAUCGGAGCUCAGUCGCCACACCCAAGAUCAUCACUGACCCGUUGCAAGAUUGCCUGUUCUGUAACUACAAGUCGCCGACAAUGGCCCUGAAUUUGCAUCACAUGGGGCGCUACCACGGCAUGUUUGUGCCUGAGAAGGACUUCCUGGCGAAUGCGGAGGGACUUUUGAAGUACCUGCACAGUAUGAUUCACGAACAGCAUGCUUGCUUGAAAUGCCACAAGGUUGUACACACAGCAACUGGUAUCCAGACACACAUGCGCGACCGUGGUCAUUGCAUGAUUGGCUUUGAGAGCGAUGAGGAACUUGUCGAGAUCGGUGAAUUUUACGACUUCAGCAGCACGUACAACGACCAAGAUGCCUUCAACGAGAUGCAAGAUGAGGCCGAGGCAUCAGAUGACUCUUCAUCAACAACAGGAGGCGGUGUUAAGCUUGGUGCCAGGCGUGAGGCCAAGAUCACUACCGAGGAUGACGCAGAGAUGUCCAGCGGCGUGGAGGAUGAGGGUUGGGAGACCGAUAGCACAGUCUCAAGUGUCCCGACGGACGAGAUUGGCGCUGUACCGAUCGACCGAUCCCACCGCCACAAGGGUCUUCACAAGUCGAGACACCACAAUCAUGCUGAUCCUCGACCUCACCGAGCGGCAGACGGCUUCCACUCACACGCACAUGCCACACCAACUGCCGUCUACCAUGAUGAAUACGAGUUGCACCUCCCCUCCGGCCGGACAGCAGGCCACAGGUCGCUCAACAAGUACUACAGGCAGAACCUGCGCAACUAUCCUGGCGUCGCCGAGCGUAUGGAGAAUGCACAGCGCCGUCUCACUGCACCUGAGAACGACGAAGAUGGUGACACAGAGAUGGAGAACGGUGAGGAACGCGGUCGAGGUGGCCGCGAGGUCGUCACUCGCGCAAAUGGUGGUAUGGGCAUGAUCGGGGUCAGCGACAGCAAGAAGAAGGAAGUUGCUGCGCUCGAGAAAAAGCAGCAGAAGCAGGCCGAUCGCGCGAGGAAUAGGUAUCAGGCUGGUAACGAGAGGAGAGGUAACUUCCAGAAGCACUUCCGUGACCCACUGCUGCAGUAGUGGCAUACGCACUUUCUAAAGUUAGGUUUACGAGCACGUCUGGCGUUCUUAGGCAUGCGGUCCUAGAGUUUGGGAGGUAGAUAUGCAUUGAAUGAGCCAUGAGAUCAGACUACCAUCGAAGAAUGAAAUCAAACAAUACCCUUACUGUGUUAAAUCCAGCCUCGAAACCAGUAACAAGAUUCCCAGCAGUGAAUCUGAGGCUAAGCUGGCUCACGUUGCAGGAAAAAAGGCGGUCUAAGAAUGUGAGCCAAGUAUUCUACCACGACAGCAAAGUAGAGGGAAUGUAGAAUACACUCCGUAGAAGACUGUUUUGCCUACAACAUAGGUAAACGUUAACUAGAUUUCAGCUUUAAGCAUUGUAAUAGCUAUGAGUUCAU